AUGGCUCACCUUGUAGAACUGAAGGAGACACACCUGGGCUCCUUGGCAGGUUUCACGAGAUCUACAUCAACCGCUUCCAUCUUGGACGCUAAUAAGGACAGCAGCCAUGGGCCUUCUACUCGUGAUGAAGGACCAACAACCAGCUCCAUCCCCUCUGUUGCCGUGGAAAGUCCCAGCCAGGCUCCUGUGGUUAAGACGCCGAAACAGGGCAUUCUAGUCGUCACCAUGCAUGAGGCCUGUGGGUUAUCCCUGCCUCAACAGCACCAAAAUACGUACUCAUCGCAGUACCACACAACGUCCCGCUCGACAGGCAAUGCAAUGAGCAAUACCGGCUCGACGGAAUCGACGUCAUCUCGUACUUCGGCUCCAUUCACGACCAAAUCACAUCGGCCUCAGACCUCGCUUGGCCGUGGACUUCGAGGGAUCCCAACUAUCCACGGCCGAGUAUCUACCAAGUACAUGCCGUAUGCUCUGGUCGAUUUCGACAAGGUCCAAGUCUUCAUCAACUCUAUUGAAGGGACGCCAGAGAAUCCCACAUGGGCCGGCUCCAGCACCCAGUACAAGUUUGAUGUGUCCAGAGUUUCAGAGCUUACAGUACAUCUCUUCAUCCGCAACCCUGCUGCUGUGCCCGGCUCAGGUCGGUCGCAGGAUAUUUUCCUGGGCGUUGUUCGACUUACCCCGCGAUUCCACGCCAAUGAAUCUUCCAAAGAUGCCACAUCUGGCAAAAAUAGCGAAACGGCUCAAGGAUUUCAUGGCGUUGGGUGGUUCAAUCUAGCGCAUGGAACCGGGAAGCUUCAGAUUGGCGUCAAGUUUGUGGAGAACCAAGCCAACAAGCUCAGCAUUGACGAGUUUGAGUUAUUAAAAGUGGUUGGAAAAGGCAGUUUCGGAAAAGUUAUGCAAGUAAGGAAAAGGGAUACGAACCGCAUCUACGCCCUAAAAACGAUACGCAAGGCCAAAAUCAUCUCCCGCUCCGAGGUGACCCAUACGCUCGCCGAACGAUCCGUUCUUGCUCAAAUCAACAAUCCCUUUAUCGUCCCUUUAAAGUUUACUUUCCAGUCCCCAGAAAAGCUUUACUUUGUUUUAGCUUUUGUGAAUGGAGGAGAAUUAUUUCAUCACCUUACAAAUGAACGAAGAUUUGACGUAAAUCGCGCCCGGUUUUAUACAGCUGAACUGUCGUGCGCUCUCGAGUGUCUUCAUGGCUUCAAUGUCAUCUAUCGAGAUUUAAAGCCAGAGAAUAUCCUCCUCGACUAUCAAGGUCACAUCGCACUUUGCGAUUUUGGCCUGUGUAAGCUCGAGAUGAAAGAUGAAGACCGCACCAAUACAUUCUGCGGCACGCCUGAAUAUCUCGCACCUGAACUAUUACUCGGCCAGGGCUAUAAUAAGACUGUGGAUUGGUGGACGCUUGGCGUGUUGUUGUAUGAAAUGCUAACUGGCUUACCGCCGUUUUACAACGAAGAGACCAACGAAAUGUAUCGAAAGAUCUUGUCGGAGCCCCUGAGCUUUCCAGGGAACGACGUGGUACCACCAGCAGCCAAGGAUCUCUUGACGAAGCUACUGAAUCGAAACCCGGCGGAACGCCUUGGGGCGAAUGGCUCGGCGGAAAUAAAGGGACAUGCCUUCUUCCACGCUAUUGAUUGGAGAAAACUGCUGGAACGAAAAUAUGAACCGACGUUUAAGCCCAAUGUGGCUAAUGCCCUUGAUACUACCAACUUCGACCCCGAGUUUACAACUGAAGCACCUCAAGAUUCCGUCGUUGAGGAUCCUGCCCUUUCCCAGGCUAUGCAGGAUCAGUUUGCUGGCUUUAGUUAUAAUCGCCCUGUCGCCGGACUAAACGACGUAGGGGGGAGCAUCACAGGCCCGUCGUUUAUGAAUGGCUCUGAAAGUCAACGAUGA